UCAUCGUACCAAAGUCCGUAGUAGGUAAGUUGACAUSUGUCGAGUGCAAUGCASCUACCUCGCGUUGCAUUGCGUCUUACGUUGUCCAUGCAUCUAUUAUUCGCGAUUUUGCUUGUUCGUUUUUCACAUACUUGGGCGUGUCGCUUCUAACGAAAAGGCAACUGGAUGAGGGAACUUAAAAAGUGGUGCCCUGCCAUUCGGGCGAUCCGCAUGGGCGGCACCAAGGACGAGCGGCAAAGGUUCGAAAAGGAGCACCUGCCAGUGGAUCCGGCCACGGGGAAACACAAGUGGGAUGUCCUCGUGACCUCGUAUGAGGGGAUGCUCAAKGAGCGCAGCAAGCUGGCGAAAAUUAAGUGGAGAUAUCUCAUCAUCGACGAGGCGCAUAGGAUCAAGAACGAAAACUCCUCUCUCAGCAAGGCCGUGCGCAUGGUAGAUGUCGAUCACCGACUCUUGAUCACCGGUACCCCUCUCCAGGUAAGAGAAGAACGCUGUGUUUCUUUCUUUUGUCACAUACAACGACAGCGACAAAGGACUUUGAUCUGUAAAUGUGUCGAUUAAUUCAUGUUACUUGAAGUGUUUCGAGUUUUUUUCGUUUCSUUUGGUCUAAGCUUGGCCAUCAUCCAUUUUUUACGUCUUUCUUCUUGUGUUCCAGAACAAUUUGAGAGAGCUUUGGGCAUUGCUCAAUUUCCUCAUGCCAGAGGUGUUUGGAGAUGCAGAACAAUUCGAUGCCUGGUUCAGCCUUUCGGACGAAGGCGCAAAGGAAAACGUCAUCAAGAAAYUGCACACAGUGUUGCGGCCUUUUAUGCUCCGGCGGGUCAAGAAAGACGUAGCAACAUCCCUACCGCCCAAAAAGGAAACCAAGCUGUAUAUUGGCCUUACAAAGAUGCAGCAGGAAUGGUACGUGAGUGUACUCAGGAAGGACGCUCACGAGCUAAACAAGCUGGGCGGACCCGAAAAAAGUCGCCUUCUCAACGUUCUGAUGCAGCUCCGAAAAGUUUGUAAUCAUCCCUACCUGUUUGAUGGCGCUGAGGCGGGUCCUCCGUGUAAGUCUCAUGGAAUAAAACAACUUCAAUUGGAUCGACUGGUCGCUCCUGCCAUUGGAAACGCCGCGCCAUUUCGCUAUUCGAUGUACUAACUAUAUCAUUUUGCUUGUUGGUCCUUUCAACAAAUUAAAAUUCAGACUCGGAUGGCCCCCACUUGUGGGAAAACAGCGGGAAAAUGAUGCUUUUGCACAAACUGUUGAAAAAACUUAAAGAGAAAGAUUCUCGAGUUUUGAUUUUCUGUCAAAUGACCCGCGUCCUUGAUAUCUUGGAGGAUUACUGCCGUUUGGUAGGGCACCAGGUAGGUCCUUGCUGUGCAAACUUGUUGAGUCAAAGAAGCGAAGUACAUUAUCAAGACUGCUCGCGGCUGACAAUUUUUGUUUCAUUGCACAUAGUAUUGCCGUAUCGAUGGAAACACAACCGGUGAGAUGCGAGACUCUCAAAUGGACGAAUUCAAUGCGGAAGGAUCAUCAAAGUUUCUGUUUUUGCUCAGUACCCGAGGUAAGUAUGCAGUGGCAGCGAUUUCGUAUGCGUCGGGAAAAAAUCAGUUUGGACUACAGCCUAAGAAAUUGUUUUGUUUUGUACCGUUCUAUGCAGCUGGUGGCCUAGGCAUCAAUCUGGCCACUGCAGACAUCGUUGUGCUCUACGAUAGCGACUGGAAUCCCCAAGUUGAUCUCCAAGCAAGUGAGUUAUUAUGUAUACAAAUAUUGAUGGUAUCGAAUUCCUACUUCCGGUGUCCGCCGAGUGCAUGUCCGUGUCUAGCUUUUGGUUCCAACGAUGGAAGCUUUGUACCACCAUGGUGUCUAACGCAUUGAUUUUCUCUUUAUCUUCUUAGUGGAUCGUGCUCAUAGAAUCGGGCAGAAGAAACCUGUUCAAGUUUUCAGAUUUAUAACGGAGGGGACCGUCGAAGAAAAGAUUAUCGAGCGUGCUGACCGCAAGCUCUUUCUCGAUGCAGCUGUAAUCCAGCAAGGGCGGCUUGCCGAGCAGAACACCUCGCUGAAUAAGGAUGAUGUCAUGAAAAUGGUUCGGUUUGGCGCAGAUCAGAUUCUAAGUGGGAAAGGCGGUACCUACACUGACGAAGAUAUCGAUGCCCUCAUUGCGAAGGGAGAGGAAAGGACAAAYGAGAUAAAUGCCAAGCUUCAAACCAAUGCCCAACACAACCUCGCCGAUUUCAAGCUCAUCGAUGACACGGACGAUGGCAAAGACACGUUUUCGUUUGAUGGCAAGAAUUAUCGGAAAGACUCGGGGCAAUCGGUGGGCAACUUUAUCAACUUACCACAGCGACAAAGAAAACGAAACUAUGACGUWAAUGAGUACUUCCGUGAUGCGAUGAGUACUGGUGGACCUACCGGCGGCAUGAAAGCACAUGCUACAGACGCAGCUGCAAAAAAGCGGAAGAAAGGACCAGCUUUUCACGAUUAUCAGCUAUUCAAUCGUGAGCGUUUGAACGCAAUCGCGGCAAAGGAGAGAAGUCUCGCAGCUCAGAAAGAAGAGCAAAUUAAAAUCAUCGGUGAACUCCGAGAAAGAGCUAAGCAAUCACCUGAGCAUACUCGUGCGGAGUUAACCGCUCGCUCGGUGGAAUUGGAAAAGCGAUUAGAGAUUGACUUCAAGCUUUCUCCGAGAGAAGAGGUAGAAAAAAGUAAGUUACGUCAGGAGGGAUUCCCAGAUUGGAGUAAAAAGGAUUUCAAAUCUUUUUGCACCGCGACAGAGCGUCAUGGUCGAUAUGAUUUCGCCAGUAUUCUUAACGACAUGCGCAAUGAGACUGGUAAGGAUCAUAAAGAAAUCGUGAGAUACUAUGCAGCAUUCUGGACAAAUUACAGAAGAAUUCAAGAUUGGAAGAAAAUUUUGGAAAAAAUUCGAAAGGGAGAGAAAAAAAUAUUGCGGCUUCGUCAAAUUCGGAAUGCCAUCCAAGAAAAAGUUGAGCGCCAUUUGGAAGAUGUGUACGGCCCACAAUUUGCCGAUUUGAAGGAUGGUGAAUUGCCACCGAUUAAUGAGCUAAUCGAACACUCCUGGUGUAAGAUGAAGUUCAACUAUGGCGCUGGUACAAAGGGCAGGUCGUACCAGGAGGAAGAAGAUGCAUUUCUGGUGGCGAUGAUGUACAGACAUGGUUAUGGAGCGGCAGAGCGUAUCCGAAUGUCCAUUCGACGAGCCUGGCAGUUUCGUUUUGACUGGUACUUUAAGUCACGUUCAGCUCAGGAAAUCCAGAAACGUUGCGAUGUCAUCGUGAAAAUUAUCGAGAAAGAAAACUACGACAUCAGGGAAGAACUGAGGAAGAAAGAAGAGCAAGAAAGGGCCCAAGCUACGCGUAUGAAUGAAUCAUCCAAUACAGACAACGCCCAAACAGGUGAAGCUGUUCCCGCAGGUACAACGACUGCUGCUGCCACGAUACCAGGAAGUGGAGUUCCUUGAAACAAUAAACUCCUUUCCUAAACAGAAUUCUCUAGGCAAAAAGAAUUUAUCAUGUUCACUGUAAAAUUUCCCCCUUUCCUUAUGUUUUUUGUUUAUCUUUGUCCCAACACCUCUGCCUGCACYCCCCAUAUCCAUUUUUCAGUUUCUCAAGAGCUGUCAGUCUUUUACUCUCUUCUUACUAGACCUGUGUAGACUCCAGGGCAAAUCCUACUCAGGAGAAAAGUAAACAUUUUCUUUCUUU